UAUUUGUAUUGACAUCUUCAAAUGAUUGGUGAGAUCGCUCUUCGUCUGCAAUUAAAUUUGUCGCAUGUCGAUAAGAAAGUAUACUUUCGAUAUAUAUCGCGCUAAUGAACACAAUAAGAGUACAUUUACGUCAUCCGUUCCUGAGGUUGCGCAACGCUUAUGCACGUGGCUAGGCGCAAUAGACCAUCAACUGCAGUCGGGGAGGAGGUCAACCUCCAGAGUUUUAACUAACAUCUAUCAGCGAGCUCAAUCAGAAGGUAGAAAUGAGCAAUAACAUCCUCAUUGUCGGUGCCAGCAGAGGCCUUGGGGCUUCACUGCGACAAUUGUACGCAUCCAAGGUAUCAACAACCAGUGUCUUCGCGACAAGUCGAUCCAGUGCCCCUCCAGAAGACACUUCCGAAACUCGCGUCUCAUGGAUCCAGAAUAUUGAUGUUUCCCAACCCAAUGUUGGCGAAACUCUGGUAUCCCAGCUGCCUUCAUCCACCAAGCUCUCCUGCGUGAUCAUCACGGCGGGCUAUUUCGGAUUCGAGACAUUUGAUGACCCCGACUGGGAAAAGGAAGUAAGGAUGUAUACCACAUCUGCCAUUGGCCCCGUCUUUGUUGUGCAGCGCCUCGUCAAAGCGGGUCUGCUGGACAAGGGGAGCAAAGUGAUAUUGGUCAGCAGUGAAAGCGGGAGUAUCACAUUGCGACACGAAAAGGAGGGCGGGGGCAAUUAUGGUCACCAUGCCAGCAAGGCUGCAUUGAAUAUGGUGGGAAAACUUCUCAGUCUAGAUUUGAAAGAAAAGGGCAUUGCUGUCGGGCUGGUACAUCCUGGCUUCAUGCGCACGGAAAUGACCAAGAGUGUAGGAUUCGACAAGUACUGGGAUGCCGGUGGAGCCGUUACCCCCGAUGAAGCAGCUCAGUCUCUGGCCUCGUUCAUAGAUGGUUUUGACAUCAGUCAGACGGGGCAGUUCUGGGCACCACGAGGACCUGGUGACAUUGGGACUGCAGAAGCUGUUCUAGGGAAAGACUGCCUACGCCGCUACAGCUACCAUGGUAGGCCGGAGAGCUUAGACUUCGGCAUGUAAGGCUGAGGAAAUGGAUAGAUUGCAUCCUUCGAGCACCGUCUACAGGACAAUCAUUGUUUUAUGUUACGCGAGAUGAUCUCCAUCCAAUGAUAGUAUAUGAUUCCAGAAUACAAUCUCGCCCAAGGAUCCUGGCCAUACCAUUGCUCCACGGGGAAAGCAAUUGGAAGCUUCGCCAUGUAGCACUGGCUGUAAGCACGCCUACCUCCUUCAUGGCGAUCUUGCGCCAUCUCAGACAAAAG